GACCUCCUCUUUUGACGCUUCACACUCCAGUCCAGUCGGUGGCGGUAAGACACACACGUUUGUUUACAACCACCAUUAAACCUCAGAGGAAGAACUUUAAUUUUCAGCGUGGGCUCUUCUGUUGUGUGGCAACGUUACUGGCUUAAUACAAACUAUUACAAAGAAAAGAUAGAACGAUAUAUUUUUACAGGUCAAUAAAUGUCUGUAAUAUUCCCAUCCUCAUAUACACGGACUAAGUUUUGAAGCAGGAAUAUUUGGAGGAGUAUCAACUGAACUGAGAUCUGCUGCUGUGAAGAUGGUGUUUGUUAAAGAGGAGAGUGAGGAGGACAUGAGUGAACCAGAACCCUGGAGAAUAAAACACGAGGAACAAGGAGGGCUGGUGAAAGUGAAAGAGGAAAGACCAGAUCUGAAUGAAGUGGAGGAGAGACAUCACCAGAAAGUUCGUGAUGUCACCGCUGGAGAAAAGCCAUUGAGUUGCUCCAAAACUGAAAACAGUUGCUCACAAAGCAGCAUCCGAAUAACAGAAGUGAAAAAUUCCUUCACCUGUUCUCAGUGUGGAAAGACUUUCUCAAGUAAACAGAACCUUAAGAAACACAUGUUAAUUCAUGAUGGAAUAAAGCCUUUCAGCUGUUCUCAGUGUGGGAAAUGUUUUAGACGGAAAGGAACACUAAAUGAUCAUUUGUUAAUUCACACUUCAGAAAAGCCUUUCACAUGUCCUCAGUGUGGAAACAGUUUCAGACAUAAAGUAUACCUUAAAACUCACAUGUUAAUUCAUGCUGGAAUAAAGCCUUUCUCCUGCUCUCACUGUGGGAAAAGUUUUAGACAGAAAAAAACACUAAAUGAGCAUUUGGUAACUCACUCUUCAGUAAAGCCUUUCACAUGUCUUCAGUGUGGAAAGAGUUUCACACGUAAACAAAUCCUUAAGAAGCACAUGUUAAUUCAUGCUGGAAUAAAGCCUUUCCUCUGCUCUCAGUGUGGGAAAAGUUUUAGACAGAAAGGAACACUAAAUGAGCAUUUGGUAACUCACUCUUCAGUAAAGCCUUUCUCCUGCUCUCAGUGUGGAAAGAGUUUCUCACGUAAACAAAACCUGAAGACUCACAUGAUAAUUCAUGCUGGAAUAAAGCCUUUCACCUGCUCUCAGUGUGGGAAAAGUUUUAGACAGAAAGGAACACUAAAUGUGCAUUUGGUAACUCACUCUUCAGUAAAGCCUUUCUCCUGCUCUCAGUGUGGAAAGAGUUUCUCACGUAAACAAAACCUUAAGACUCACAUGUUAGUUCAUGCUGGAAUAAAGCCUUUCACCUGCUUUCAGUGUGGAAACUCUUACAGUCAUGAAGCAAACUUUAAGAAACAUGUUAAUUCAUACUCAAACAAGCCCUUUACUUGCUCUCAGUGUUGAAACAAUUUUACAUAUAAAGGAUAUGUGAAAUCCCUAAGAACGUGAGAGCAUUUCCCCUGUUCUCAAUAAAUCACACUGAAGCAAUGCCUUACACGUGUGUUGCAUCUCC